UCCAACAAUGCAGCUUUUAAUGGUGCUGUGAGCGGAGCGAGCUGAAAACGCAGCAACACCGCAGGCUUGUCCGGUGACUGUAGUCUUGCAAAAUUAAACACAACGAGAUAUUUAGGUUUUGACAAAGCCACCGGGCGGCCUUGACUCAGUUCUUUGGACAAUUUGGACUCUUCUGCUGUGGUUCCUGCUUUGAGAAGAAAGACUAUAUUCCAGAAGCGCGAUCUCCAAAAGGAAUCCCUGGAAAAAGUGACCGAAAAAUGAGCACAUCCCGGAUAGAAGAAGCUGGCCCACCCACCCGUCUCUCUGACCUGUGAGCGGCCAUGCCCUCCGUGCCUCACCCAUCGAGGGGAACUCUCCAGACACCGGAGUGUUUUCUGGAAUAGAGUAGGAAAAUAGCUUAACCCCGCAAUAGAAAUGGUAUUAGUUUGUCUGAGCUAUACCACAUCAGAGGUUAUUUUAGAAUACAGGUGAGGCCGAACCUCACCUUGCUGACAAGGUCGUAUCAUGGCCGCUGCUGAUCCCCAUAGCAACGCUUCCUUGGCAAUGCAAGGAGCAGACUGAGAGAGUCAACGAUGCAGCGUAACGGCGGGGGGGCGGGCGCCGGUGGCCAGCCAUGGCUGUUACGGCGCGUGCGUCUCACCUGGCUCAGUUUCAUGCUCUUUUUCAUCCUGGUCUUCUUCCCACUCAUCGCCCAUUACUACCUCACUACCAUCGAUGAAGCCGGGGGUCCCGAGAAGCACAUCUUUGGCCCGCGGCCCGGUGGCGAACUCUGUGAGGCCAAACAUGUGCAGGAUCUGUGCCGGAUCCGCGAGUCGGUCAGCGAGGAGCUGCUGCAGCUGGAGGCCAAGAGGCAGGAGCUCAACGGGGAGAUCUCCAGACUCAACAUGCGCAUCGAGGCCUGCAAGCGCAGCAUCGACAGCGCCAAGCAGGACCUGCUGCAGCUGAAGAACGUUAUCAGCCAGACAGAACACUCCUAUAAAGAACUGAUGGCCCAGAACCAGCCCAAGCUUUCACUGCCGGUCAGACUGCUGCCAGACAAGGAGGACCCGGGUUUACCACCGCCGAAGUCUGCACGCUCCUGCCGCCUACGCUCCUGCUUCGACUACGCCCGCUGCCCUCUCACCUCUGGGUUUCCAGUCUAUGUCUACGACACAGCCUCCUAUCCAUGGGCAGACUUUAUUGACCCCCUGGUGAAGCAGGCGUUUGCAGCAUCAGUGAAGAGCAACAUUUAUAUAACCGAUAACCCCAGCAUUGCCUGUCUCUACUUGGUUUUAGUCGGGGAGCUGCAGGAGUCCUCCCCGCCUCCACCUCCCUCAGAUCUGGAGAAGCAACUGAAAGCUCUGCCUUACUGGAGAUCUGAUGGACACAAUCAUGUUCUGGUGCAUUUCUCUAGAAAGUCAAUGACACAGAACUUCCUGUAUAAUGUGAGCACAGGACGGGCGGCAGUCGCUCAGUCCACCUUCCUGGAGCAGCAGUACCGCGAGGGCUUUGACUUGGUUGUGUCCCCGCUCGUUCAUGCCCUCUCAGAGCCAAACUUUUUAGAAGUGCCCCCUCAAGUUCCUGUAAAGAGGAAAUACCUCUUCACCUUCCAGGGGGAGAGGGUGGAGUCACUAAGGAGCAGCUUACAGGAAGGACCCCCCCAGACCUUCGAGGAGGAGAUGGAAGGAGACCCACCAGCCGACUACGAUGAUCGCAUCAUCGGCACCUUAAAGGCGGUGCAGGACAGCCACCUUGAUCAGGUGCUGGUGGAGUUCACCUGCAAGAACCCCCGGCCGAGCCUGCCGACUGAGUGGGCUCUGUGUGGGGAGAGGGAGGACCGGCUGGAGGUGCUCAAGGUUUCCACCUUUGGCCUGGUGAUAGCUCCAGGGGAUGGGCAGCUGGUGGCCUCAGCAGGCUGUGGGAUGAGGCUCUUUGAGGCCCUCGAAGUGGGGACCAUCCCAGUCGUGUUGGGGGACCACUCCAGACUGCCGUAUCACCAGCUUAUUCGAUGGAGCGAAGCUGCCAUCAUAGUCCCUAAGCCUCGUGUCACAGAGCUACACUUCCUGCUGCGCAGCCUAUCAGACAAUGACAUGCUGGCCAUGAGGCGGCAGGGCCGCUUCCUGUGGGAGACGUACUUCUCUACCUCGGAGAAUGUUCUAAACACCCUCCUGGCCUGCAUCAGAACCAGCAUCCAGGUUCCUGCUGCUCCCAUCAAAGAAGAGCCGGCUCACGAGAUUCCCCACAAAGCAGGGAAGCUGGCAGGAACUGACGCCAACCUGGCUGACAAUGGGGACCUGGAUCUGGGUCCUGUUGAGACGGAGCCCCCCUACGCCUCUCCGCGCUUUCUCCGCAACUUCACAUACACAGCUUCAGAAACAUAUAGAGCAUGGAACCGGGCCCCGGGGCCUUUCCAUCUGUUCCCUCACACUCCUCUGGACCCCGUGCUGCCCUCUGAAGCCAAAUUCCUCGGCUCUGGAACUGGCUUCAGGCCCAUCGGUGGAGGUACGGGAGGCUCAGGGAAGGAGUUUCAGGCAGCUCUAGGAGGGAACGUGCCCCGAGAACAGUUCACCGUGGUCAUGCUGACCUAUGAGAGGGAGGAGGUGCUGAUGAACUCUCUGGAGAGGCUGAAUGGACUGCCGUACCUCAACAAAGUAGUGGUGGUGUGGAACUCACCCAAGCCUCCCUCAGACGACCUGCUGUGGCCAGACAUCGGCCUGCCCAUCGUGGUCGUCCGCACAGAGAAGAACAGCCUCAACAACCGCUUCCUUCCCUGGGACGUCGUGGAAACCGAGGCCAUCCUGUCGAUUGACGAUGACGCUCAUCUCCGCCACGACGAGAUCAUGUUCGGGUUCAGAGUGUGGCGCGAGGCCAGAGAUCGCAUCGUGGGUUUCCCCGGGAGGUACCAUGCGUGGGACGUGAACCAUCAGUCCUGGCUCUACAACUCCAACUACUCCUGUGAGCUCUCCAUGGUCCUGACCGGAGCUGCUUUCUUCCAUAAGUACUACGCCUACCUGUACUCCUACGUGAUGCCCCAGGCUAUCAGGGACAUGGUGGACGAGUACAUAAACUGUGAAGACAUCGCCAUGAACUUCCUGGUUUCUCACAUCACCCGAAAACCUCCCAUCAAGGUAACGUCACGUUGGACUUUCCGCUGUCCCGGCUGCCCUCAGGCCCUUUCACACGACGACUCCCAUUUCCACGAACGCCACAAGUGCAUCAACUUCUUCGUCAAAGUGUACGGCUACAUGCCGCUUCUGUACACACAGUUUCGCGUGGACUCUGUGCUGUUUAAGACUCGUUUGCCCCACGACAAGACCAAGUGCUUUAAGUUCAUAUAGCACCGGGCUGAGUGGCCCAGCAAAGAGCCAAAAGCAGAGAGGGUUGAAGGACUGGAAGUAUUUAAAAGAACAGCAGCUCCCUCUGCACGCAGUGAUGAAGAUGGAUGGACUGCCAGAUAAAUGCACAAAGGAAAAGUUGGUGGUGAGGAUAUUGCCCAGGGGGGGAGACAAGACCUUUUAAAGCUGUUGGCUGGGUGGUCUAAUCCACAACUCUACUGGAAAUGUGAAGAGUGGAAGCUGAAAGGGACGACUGCCAAGAAAAUGAGCCUUUUCAGUGGAUGUCACUCUUCCUUUUUCAUGUUCUUCAAUCACGCUCAAUCAUCAACCACUACAGAUGUCAUUUGCACCUCUUAACGGUCGCCGAGGAAAGACGACGGUUGUACAGACGAGUGUACAUUAACUCUACCUAACAAUGGAGCUGUAGCUGCUUCACUGACGGACUGAUGUCGUGCUGCGCUCGCCAGCCGCCUGUCGACCGCUUCAGCUGGGAGGGCAUCAGCAGCACAUGGCUGACACUUCGAUUAUUUUUCAUUUUCACAGUAACAAACUGUACUUCUUGUACGCAAGACGAGCACUGAGGGUCAGAGGUAUUUUAUUGGAAAUUCUUCUUUUAAAUCUAAAUGUGUAAAUCUUUUUUGAUGGACAAACUUUUUCCAGAUCCUCCGCCUGUUGGAGAUCAGACACAAACUCAUUGGUUCGAGAAAGAAACUCGACUGAAGACUUUGGCCCAAUCAUGUUUAGUAUUGUCACAUGUUCAGAAGGAAUUCACUUCAGUGGUCACCAUAAUGCCUCAAAUCUGUCAUGGAAACCAGCCACCAUCUUGUCAUUUUAUUAUGCUUACAGGAUCUGCACUCUUCGACGAGUGUUUGAAAAUGGCCUGUUUUUUAUGCUAUAGGGUGUUGAAUAAUGUUUGUAAAACUGGUCUGAGAUUCAAGUAGUCCUGUUUUAAAUGUAAUAAUAAUAAUAACCAGCCAAUGGUUACAAUGUCCCUUACUGAAGUGCAACCAAGUCAUGAAUCACUGCUGCCAAAAUCGGAAAAAGAAAAUGUUUGGAUGUCUAAUUAAAGUUGUAAUUGUAAAGAAGGAUACAUUUAACACAAUUAGGAUAAUAUACAAAUAAAUAAAAAAGAUUAAAGGGAGUAGCUUGACGUUUUAGGAAAUACAAUUAUUUGCUUUCAUGUGCAGAGUUAGAUAUUUACAGCUCUGAAAUCUGUCAACUUAGCUUAGCCUAGCUUAUAUUGGCAUAAAGAAUGGAAACUGGUUGAAAAACAACUAGCCUGUCUCUGUCCUUAAAGGUGGGGUAGGUAAGUUUGAGAAACCGGCUCGAGAUACACUUUUUGUUAUAUUCCAUGGAAUGCUCUUAACAUCCCGAUAGCAAUAAAUAUCUUAAGUGCUUU